UGCUUGAUUUGUAUCUGGGGAAAUAUAGAAUGAUCUGUGUAUGUGUGAAUACUCAAUACUUGCAGCUUUACUAGUCUGAGAUAUGCUAAGCAUGAGAAAACCUUCUUGCUUUGUUUUCAUCUUUUUACUUCAUUUCUUGAUGAUCUCUUUAGCUUGCAGUGGGGAUGAUAUCACCACGGACAAAUAUGCACUUCUUGCUUUUAAAUCCUUCGUUACUUUGGAUCCAUACAAUUUCUUAGCAAGGUGGUCCAUCUCUUCUUUCCCCUGCAAUUGGAUUGGUGUCACUUGCGAUGCUCACCAUAGAAGGGUCAAAUCCUUACAUCUUAGUGGUAUGAAUCUCAUAGGUAUCAUAUCUCCACAGCUAGGAAAUCUCUCAUCUCUUACUGAACUUGAUCUUAGUAACAACAAUUUUCAUGGUCGUAUACCGAAAGAACUGCUUCGAUUACAUAGAUUGAAGUUGUUUAACUUGAGCUACAACGACUUUCAUGGACAAGUUCCAACAUGGAUAGGAGCCUUAUCUACACUUCAGGACUUGGAUCUUUGUAAUAACAGUUUUAGUGGAUUUAUUCCAACAUCUUUAUCUAAUCUAUCAAGGCUGGAGACUUUGGAUUGGAAUUUUAAUUUCAUUGAAGGGACCAUUCCAUCCGAAAUCGGAAGUCUAAAGCAUUUGAAGAUUUUACGGCUUUCAAAGAACAAGCUUUCUGGAGCAAUUCCUCAAACAAUUUCCAACUUAUCUUCUCUUGAAAGAUUGAGUUUGUCUUAUAACACUUUAUCAGGAGGCCUUCCAAGGGAGAUUGGUAAUCUUCAACAGCUACAGAUAAUAUAUCUUUCAAAUAAUCAGUUUUCUAACUCUAUACCAGCUUCCAUAUUUAAUAAUUCAAUGAUGCAGUACAUUGAACUUAGCAACAAUAACUUCUCUGGUAGCCUCCCAACAAAUGUAUGUUUUGGGCUUCCGAAUCUUGCGAGACUUUAUGCAAAUGAAAAUGAUUUGUCUGGUCCAAUACCUUCUAUCUGGCAUCAAUGCAAAGAAUUGCUAGAGUUAGAUCUAAGCAAUAACAGAUUCAAGGGAGGAAUCAUCCCAAUCGACAUUGGAAAUUUGACCAACCUCCAAUUCUUAUAUCUGAGCAACAACAGCUUGCAAGGUGAAAUUCCAUUGUCUCUUUCAAUAUUUCUUCAUUGAGGGAAAUAAGUCUAGGUCGAAACAAUCUACAAGGUAAUAUUCCAAUACCAAUUGGCAAUUGGGCGUUACUCGAAAGAUUAGAUCUCAGUUACAACUCCCUUACAGGCGAAAUUCCAACAUCUCUCUUCAACAUUUCUUCAUUAACGGUAGUGUAUUUAACAAGCAACAAUCUAAAAGGUAGACUACCAUCAUCAAUCGGCAAUUGCACGUUGCUGGAAUAUUUAUAUCUAGAAGAAAACUCCUUAACAGGUAUAUGCUCAAUCGUCUGAGCCAUUAAUUUUAUUUAACAAAGUUCCAUUUAUCAUCUAUAAUUGAAAACACUUGAAUUACCUAAAUAAAAAUAAAAAU